CCCCGCCCCCAACGGAGCUAGCGCGAGUCUGCGCAGUAGGCGGGGGGGCGCGGGCGGCCGGGCAUGUGCCAGUCUUGAAGCCCUCGGUCGGCGCUACACAGCCGCCGAGAUGCUUAUGAAAGGGCGCUUCCCCAUCCGACGGACCCUGCAGUACUUGAACCAGGGCGAAGUGGUGUUUAAGAGCUCGGUCAAGGUCAUGACCGUGAAUUACAACACCCACGGGGAGCUGAGCGAGGGAGCCCGGAAAUUUGUGUUUUUCAACAUUCCUCAGAUUCAGUACAAAAACCCCUGGGUGCAGAUCAUGAUGUUCAAGAACAUGACGCCAUCACCCUUUCUGCGGUUUUAUUUAGAUUCUGGUGAGCAGGUCCUGGUGGAUGUGGAGGACAAGAGCAACAAAGAGAUCGUGCAGCAUAUCAAAAAGAUCCUGGGGAAAAAUGAGGAAGUCCUCAAGAUGGAGGAGCUAGAGAAAAAGAAGCUUUCUCACCCAGCUAAUUUUGGACCCAAAAAAUAUUGCCUGCGGGAAUGUAUCUGUGAAGUAGAAGGACAGGUCCCCUGUCCAGGCAUUGUGCCUUUACCCAAAGAGAUGACUGGCAAGUACAAAGCUGCUCUGAAAGCCAGUGCUCAAGACUGAGGGUCCACAGUGGAGGCUCCUGAUAGCUGGGACAGCUGAGCUUGUGCUGAAAGACAAAGGCCUUAGAGACCAAGUGAUGGAGAGACUGGUACUCGCAUGGUCUCAGCAGCUGGUAAGCUCCCAAGCCUCUCUCCAGAGCCCAGGAAAGCCCAAGCUACCUCAUAUUCAAAAGGGCCCCAUUAAAGACACUAGCACAAGGCUAGAGGAGCCAGAAGACAAAGCAAGGCUGGGGGAUUUAAGUGAAAAGACUUAGUUUGCUAAUAAAACACUUUGUAUUGACUACAGAUGUGAUUUCCUAGUAAGGAAACCUUUACAUAAGAAAUGUUUUACUGAUUAGGUGAAAAUGAAAAGACUGCCUUUUGUCAGCAUCACUGUAUCUUCCCUGUCUACAAGCCUCUCUUUCACCAGAGCUCUACUUAGCCUGAUUCCAAGCCUUAUUUUCCUUCUCCCCACUCCCAUAUCCUGGUCUUUAUAACCACAAUACUCCUGAAUUUUAGGGCUGCAAGAGGAGCUACAGGGCCAAGUAAUAUGGGGUUUCAACAUUUAUGGGACAGUAGCAAAAAGAGUUCACAGAUGGUAGUCUAGUACUAGCAUUUCAAGGUAAAUUCAGAUUUCUUCUCUGGGUGGAUUUAAACUUCAGUCAGUAGCACUCUGUCUCCUGCUACUAAAUAUACUGGACACAACUGUGUGGUGACAGGUCCCAGAUUGUUGUCAGUCUGCUUUUGAAAAGUUCAGGUACUCCUUUAAUGCAGUAAAAUCUAGAAAUCUGUAAUAAAGACUUGAUGAUCA